AUGCCUACCGAAGCUCAGAUCGCCGGCGGCCACAAGGCCAACAUCAACAACCCAAACACCUCGGAGGAGUCCAAGCAGAACUCCAAGAAGAUCCUCGAGAACGAGUUCAACGGCGGCGACGUCGCCAAGGCCGGCGAUGACGAGCAGAAGAACCCCGGCAACGUUGCCGGCGGCCUCAAGGCCACUCUCAAGAACCCCAACGUCUCCGACGAGGCCAAGGAGUCCGCCAAGGAGCGCCUUGACAACAUGUAG